AACAGACCCUCAAACAAACAUUUUUUUUUUUCCUGAACACAAGAAUUCACUUUUGUGCAAAAUUGAAAAAUUCACGGGGGGAGAGCAAUUUCCUCGUGCCGCUGCCGGGAGUCGUUGCACCGCCGCUAGCCGGCGAGAUCAAAAUUCAUAUCUUCCAUCACCAUCUCUCUGUACACUGUUCCGAAAUCCUGCGAGAAUCUUCAAAUGAUGAAUCCGAGAACAUUCUUUUUGAUCCCAACGACGGCCGCAAAGAUUUCGCCGUGAAAAGCUACGGCGAAUCGAAGAAUCGAAGAAUCAACCUGCCGUUCGAGGAACGCCGGCAAGCCGCCGCAGCGGUGGACGAUGUGCGUCAUUCUGGCUGAGAGUGUCGAAGAUCGCUAGAGGUUUGAUGGUGAAAGGAAUCGAUAGAAAGAGACGAGAUUGAUAGAGGUAUAUUGGAGGUUAGCAAUUGGCGGAAAUUUUCUUCCCACCGUCGUAGUGGAUGCUGACGGGACGCACGGGACUCCGAAGUCACGUGCCUUCCCCGUGCUUCAGCUGCACAGUUUCCUAGGGUUUAUUCCUGAUUCGGGUAAGAAAUCUCCCUAUUUCGUCUCUCUGACCAAUCAGUUGGAUGAAGCUCUACGGCGUCGUUUAUUGACUAUUCUGUUGUUCUGUGGUUCUGUUUUCUUCGUUAUUCUCAUGGUUUAAUGCUUUACUCCUUUUUUUCCAGUCAAAUAAGGUAAUUAAGAUUAGAGUCUGAAGCUUUAAAGUGAAGAUAUUGACUUGUUUCAACAUAUCAAUGACCUACACACCUCCAACAUGGGCGACAUUAGCUGCUGCUGCAUUUGUUAUUCUGACUCUUGUCCUUUCACUAUAUCUAUUGUUCGAGCACCUUUCUGCAUAUAAGAAUCCAGAGGAGCAAAAGUUUUUGAUUGGUGUUAUCCUAAUGGUCCCAACUUAUGGUGUAGAAUCAUUUGUAUCAUUGGUGUACCCAUCAAUAAGUGUUUAUCUUGAGAUACUACGCGAUUGCUAUGAAUCCUUCGCAAUGUACUGCUUUGGACGAUACCUGGUUGCUUGCUUGGGUGGGGAAGAAGGGACUAUUGAAUUUCUAGAGAGAGAAGGACGUUCAAAUACUAAGACGCCUUUAUUAGAACAUAGCUCAGAAAAGGGAACCAUCAAGCAUGUUUUCCCUAUGAACCUUUUCUUAAAGCCGUGGAAAAUUGGUGGAUGGGUUUACCAUGUUAUCAAAAUUGGAAUCGUCCAAUAUAUGAUGAUAAAGUCCCUCACUUCUAUUUUAGCAGUAGUUCUUGAGAACUUUGGUGUUUAUUGUGAAGGGGACUUUAAUUUCCAAUGCGGGUAUCCUUAUAUGGCAGUGGUUUUAAAUUUCAGUCAGACAUGGGCACUGUACUGCCUGAUUCAGUUCUAUACAGUUGCAAAGGAUGAACUGGUACAUAUAAAGCCAUUGGCCAAAUUUUUGAUGUUUAAAUCGAUAGUAUUUUUGACUUGGUGGCAAGGUGUUGGAAUUGCUCUCCUAUCUGCCUUCGAUUUGUUUAGGAGUCCCGUAGCCCAAGGGUUACAGUUUAAGUCAAGUGUCCAAGAUUUCAUCAUUUGUAUAGAGAUGGCCGUUGCUUCUGUGAUUCACUUGUAUGUAUUUCCUGCAAAACCCUAUGAACUCAUGGGGGACCGUUAUCCUGGAAGUGUUUCUGUUCUUGGUGAUUAUGCUUCUGUCGACUGUCCUUUGGAUCCAGAUGAAGUCAGGGAUAGUGAGCGUCCUACAAAGUUACGCCUACCCCAGCCUGACCUUGAAGACCAAGAUUCCAAGAUGGGAAUGACAAUCAAAGAGAGUGUCCGAGAUGUUUUUGUUGGUGGUGGAGGAUAUAUUGUGAGUGACCUGAAAUUCACAGUAAACCAAGCAGUUGAACCUGUGGAAAAAGGAAUAACAAAGUUCAAUGAAAAACUCCAGAAGCUCUCCCAAAACAUGAAGAAACGUGACAAGGAUAAAAGAAGAACCAAGGAUGACAGUUGUAUUACGUCGCCCACACGAAAAGUCAUUCGAGGAAUAGAUGACCCCCUUCUGAAUGGGAGCUUUAGUGAUAGCGGGGUCGUAAGGGAAAAGAAGAACCGUCGUAAAUCAGGUUAUAUAAGUGCAGAAAGUGGUGGAGAAAGCAGCAGUGAUCACGGUUUUGGCAAGUACCAAGUCGGGGGCCGCCGGUGGAUCACUAAAGACUAGUAAAGAAUAGGUACUGCUCUAUAUAAUCAAAUCAAGAAAAAGAGGGAUGGUUAUGGUUCACUUAUCAAGUGGAGUUCUAAUAGAUGAGAGAUGUGUAUUGAGUUGCAUAUGCCUGAAUUUGUGAAGCCUCUCCAAAUGUAGUGUGGCAUAGCAAUGAAGGGAGGAUUCCAAUAGAAAACUCCUGCUAUGAUUUGUGCAACCAGAUGCUAAGGUAAUCUUUUUGGUGCACAGAGGAUUAAAUGACUAUAUGAUGAGGUUAGUGUACCACGAUUACAAACUAUGUAUGGGAUUACCUUUCUUGUAAAUAGAUGAAUAUGAUAAAUCAGAAUUGGGAUAUUUUGCAUAAUUUAUUUGUGGGGUGAACUUAUAUAUUAUAUAUUAGUACAGAGAUUUGUUAAAUCUUAUCAAUUAAAAGUAACAGGCUCCUGGAAUCAUGCAGUGAUGUUACAA